UUCCGCAGUUGCCAGUCCUAUGUGGACUGAGCCCAUAUCGUGACGGACAGGGGGGGGGGCUCAUCAAUUCAACCCGAUCUCCCACAUUUCUCGCUCAUUCCAUUCCUCCGUGCUGCUAUCUGUCUGAGAUCGAUCUCGCCGCUCAUCUUACAUGACGACUCGCCUCCGCCCGACUCUCGUUUUUACUGCGCUUGUUCGCCCUCUCCCGUCUGCAGAUAUCCGUGGCGAGAUCAGCCUCAAACACAGCUGUGAGAGAGAGAGAGAGAGAAGACGCCUUGAAGCUGCCCGAUAUCCACAAGCGCCAGGAGGACCAGAGCAGACUAGAACUUUGUGUUUCCGGCCACUUUGCCUUCGCUGCCUCAACCUGGAACAAGACGCCUUUGGAAUAUGAGCUUGCUGAUCUCCAAUCGAUUUGUCAGGCAUCAGGAUUCUCUUGGGGGAAGCGCUUUUCGUCCGUUUCCUCCGCCGCAUCAUGGGUUGUCGUCUCUCAUGCAUCGCCAACAAUGGCCGGCACGCGCGCCUGUCCAGGCUCAGGUCCAGCCUCAGAAUCGCGAUCUGGUUGCUUCUUUGAUACCGUCGCACAAUGUCCGCCACAGUAGCGAGCUUCCACGUGGCAGUAAACCCCCGGACGCCGCUACCGUCUCUUCGUCCACAUUGACCGUGGCCUCGGCUCCAGGAGAGCCGAUUCCCAUUUUCGACUGCUAUAGCCAGGAUUCUGCCACCGAAGGCGGAUUCUCGACACCGGCGUCCGGUCCGUCAGUCGGCAUCAUUAACCCAUUUGACCUCUCUGCCGCCACCCCCUCCGAGCCUCGCCAUGUCCUCGUCCGCGUGGAUGGCGACGCCGGAGCGUACCUCGGCAAUGUUGUGGGCCGGCCAACCCCUCUGGAUUCCAACCUCCCGGUCGAAAUGGACGGCUCACGAUCGGUCACCAACGGAGACCAGAUUCAAACCGGCUGGAGCGUUGACUAUUACGGCUUGUCCCGUACCCCAAGAGAGCAUGGGAACGGUAUCGGAUGGCGCUUCCAGGAAUCCGAGGCCGCGGCAGAGGCUCAAGGAAAUUUUGGGUGGCCGCGAAAGUACGUAUGCUCCAUGUGCUCACUGCACUGGAAGGCCAUGCCUUUACCCGGCAAGGUCAUUCGAGGAGAUGUCAGCCAGAGGGACAGGAUCGAUCUUAGAAUCCCGAAUCCGUCAGAUGCCCGGAGGGAUCCGGGCUUCUCCCGGCCGGGGUGCUCAGAGCUGCACUACUAUCUCGAUCAUGAAGGACCCGGCAAUGAGCCAUGCGUCCGGGGCCUAUGUCAAACCUGCCGGCCCGUCUCAUUCUUUCCGGACUCGCAACCAACGACUCACUGUUGCCCGCCGCCGCCUGCCGAGCCGGGCUACCUCAAGGAGAUCUACCGGUGCAUCAUGGACAACUGCUCGUUCUUGACAGACACGCGGCGAGAGAUGAAGGCCCAUCUUCAUUCUCCGAGAAAGAAUGGCCACAAAUCGUAUCUGACAGGACUGGCUGGCCGCAUUGAGCACGGCCAGUCCCUGAGCGCCAUUGAUAAGGAGGUUUCUUCGCGCCUGAUGCUUAUGUUCAACGACAGAGAUGCCCGCGGACAGAAGUCCAUCUCUCAACCCAUCAACACGGUCCUGGGCCCAGAAGACGUCAGUAGUCCUGCCAUCCUGCGAGAGCACACCCAGUGGAUGUCGUACCUCGGCUUGCAUACCCCCGAAUUACACCGACGGGACUUCUUCGACCCAAGGACUAACCAAUGGUACUACCGUGAGUACAAUCUCGACGACGACUUCGAGGACGCAUGCGAGAACAUUCGGGUUAUUUCCCAUGCUACAGGGCGCCCUGUUAAAGCCUCCGACUUUCUCUGGCGCUGACGUUGGUCGCGACUUCUUCCUCCGGGCAGAUAAAUGCUACGAAGGGCGAAGCCGGUUUGCCUUCUAUAGUGAUCAUCAUCAUCACGCAUUGCUGAUCCCCCCCCCCCUUCUUUUUUUCUCGAUUCUUUUUCUCGAUUUCUUCUCCUUACUCGUCGGUUUGAGCCGGAAAAGGCGAAACGCCAUACAUGCGGAACGGAAGGGUGUAUUACGAAUUUUUAUGCUUUGCUAUGACCGACAACAAACAACGGACAACAGGACCUUUGGCCAGAAUUGGCAUCACGCAGUUUCUACGACCAGCGAGCAUAUUAUGGGCUACUAGGCCAUAAUCGGGUGUGGCCCACGCAUUGUUUUGGGAGAUCGGUGUCUUUUUGGGUUUUCUGCUGUCUUCGAACUGAGUGUCUGCUUCCAUUCUCCAUGGACAACGAAGGGUUAUCGGCGUUGGUUGUGAACCUGAAACGGGGCUACUAGGCCCAUCUUCUCUCUUUUUCUCUUGAGCAACAGCUUCCGGCGUUAACUGACCUGCGGCGAUUCGCGGAGAGUCGUGAAGACACCCUUCUCGAGAGUGUAGGGGGGGUCUGUUCUUUGAUUAAAGUAUUCGGGGCGGAGGUUCACAUCACGCGAGAAUUACUGGCGGAGGGAUAUUUUGGGCAACCUGGAGAGGAAAAUGUCGAGGCAACAUUGCGUCUAGCAAUGGCCAAUUUGUGCAGCUGGAGAGUUGUAUUCUAAACCCGGGGAGUGUACGGAACUAAUGGUUCGAGUUGUACUGAAGCCCUUGCUGCGGUGGGUGAGGUGUAUUGUCUGGAUCAGACGAUGAGAGAACCCAGCCAUGAGAAAUAUGACGUAACCUCUCUUCGGUGUCUUGCAAUUUGAAGUUGAAAGGUGU